CAGGAACUUGCACAAGAAUCUCUCCGCACCCCAACUUGUUGCUGUCCUCUCCCACAUGUGAAAAGCGUGCCCCAUCUUUGAUACAUACAUAUUUGUACCACAAUAAUGAACCAAAGAUGAAUUAUUAGCACUUUGAGAAGCUAUCGAGACCCAAAAGUAGCAGCCAUGGCACCAAUCCACAAGGUUAAGGUAUUGGAGCAGUGCCGGAUCUCUCCUCCGCCGGGCUCCGCCGCCCGGCCCUCGCUCCCCUUCACCUUCUUCGACCUUGUCUUCUUUCGCUUCCACCCAGUACAACGCAUCCUCUUCUACGAGUUACCCCAUUCCAAGUCUCACUUCCUCCACUUCGAGCUGCCCAAGCUCAAGCACUCCUUGUCUCUCACCCUCCACCACUUCUACCCUCUAGCUGGAAGCCUGACGCGCCCAUCCGGCGGCCAGAAGCCCGAAAUCCUUUGCUCCGACGGCGACUUUGUUAGGCUUAACGUGGCAGAGAGCGGAGCUGACUUCUAUGAGCUCUUGGGAAGCCACGUUCACGAUGUCGGGAAGUUCCAUUCCUUGGUCCCUUCGCUGCACUCCUCCGGCGACAGGCAGGCCGUGCUGGCAAUUCAGGCAACCAUAUUCCCGAACGCCGGCGUCGUCGUCGGCACCACGCUGCACCACGCCGUCGCCGAUGGAUCCACCUAUGCCAAUUUCAUGAAGACAUGGGCAUCGAUGCACAAAUUUGGCGACCAAGCGGCAGAGCUGGCCGGACGGCUCCCGUUCUAUGAUCGUAGCGUGAUCGAAGAUUCCAAAGGUCUCGAAGGGAUCUUCCUCAAAGAUCUCCAAUUACUCGAAGACGACCCGAGUCUCGAGGCAUGGGAUCUGGAUGGCAGGUCCGACGUAGUGCGAGCUACGUUCACGUUCAGCCGAAACCAGCUUGACGGUCUCCGGCACCGGGUGGCGAGCAGAACGUCGGCGCAAUGCUCGCCGUACGCGGUGGCGUGUGGCUUCGUGUGGGCCGGCCUGGUCCAUGCCCGAGGAGACACGAGCAAGAAGAAAGAGCAUUUCGGUUUCGUGACCGGGUGCAGAGCUCGGCUGGACCCUCCAAUCCCAUCAAACUACUUCGGCAAUUGCCUUGGUAUUUGCUGCGUCGAGGCGAAGCGGAGCGAACUCACCGGCCGCGACGGUCCGCUGAUCGCCGCCGAUGCGAUUUGGAAGGUCAUCAAGAGCUUGGAGGAGGGUGCGUUCAAGGAUGCCGAGAAUUGGAUCAGGAAUGUGUAUAACUACGCGUCGGCGAGAGCAUUGACGGUGGCGGGAUCGCCGAAGUUGGGAAUGUAUGAAGUCGACUUCGGAUGGGGCAGACCAAGGAAGGUGGAGGUGAUAUCGAUAGAGAGGACGGGAGCGUUGUCGCUGGCGGAGAGCCGGGAGGAGAAGGGAGGGAUAGAGGUGGGGCUGGCGCUGCCCAGCCACGAGAUGGAGGAGUUUGUCUCGUUCUUCGUCGAUAAGCUCUCGGAGCUCUCGUUGCCUCGGUAAAUUAUCGGCAAUGGUGCUACCUCUGUUGUCACUUUUUACUUUUUUACAUUCCGAAUAACAGAGCCAUUGUUUAGUUCUAUGAUAAAAGGCCGAAAGAUGAGUGAAAUGGUGUGGAAAUCCUUGAAGCCCGUUCUUCCGAGGAUAAAAAAUUUAUCAGAAAUCUAUAUUUUUCCGUAUAAAUAUUUUUAAUCCGGAUUACCGGGACUAUAA